UCAAUAUAUCAAAAAUUUGAAUUUAUUAAAUGUAUAUAUUAUUUUUUUUUACUAUCAAAUAAAAUUAAAAAUAAAUUAUGGCUAAUUGUAUUUUUGAUUUAUAUCUUAUCUUCGAAAUAAUUUCGUCUUUAAAGCAAAACUACUAAAAAAUAAAGCCUUUAUAUAACCUAAUCGAUAAAUAUUUAUGAGUCUCUACUUCGCCCCUCACCACGUCCACCACAACUACCCUUACCAUCACAAUUCAAUGCAGGAAUACCCCGUUAAUAUAUCUUCCCCCCAUAAUUAUCCUUACUUUAACCCUUACGCUAACACCACGUAUCCUUACGCUUCUUACUUCGUGGACCCGAACUCCAUCAUUUACCACAACGGUGUAAACUCGUCAAAUUUCAAUUACCAAUCCAAUUUAGUGACAUCGCCUAAAAAUAAUAACAGCGAUAAAAAUAGUUUAGUAGCACCCAACAUGACCAACUUUCCCGGCUCUGCCCAUUAUUACCCCGUGUCUGCCUCCGCGUACCACAAGGAUUACCUUAAUAACGAAUAUGUAACUAGCGAUCAAGCCAAAUUUGUGGAGGGAGAAGAAAAAUAUCAUGCGCGCGAAAUCAAUGAAAAAGCGAACGAACCGCUAAACAAUAAUUGCAAGCGUAAAAGGAUAAAGCCAAUCAAAGUAAAUGGCGCUAAACCCCAAGCUAAAGAUGAUUUGACUUUCGAGAAUAUGAAUCGUGAUAUUGAUAAUAAUAAUAUAAGAUGCGCCAAAUUAGCUAGGUUCGAUUGCGAGAAAGCUUUUGAAGACGAGGAUGACUUCAAAGAAUUGAAUGUUUAUAAUAUCGAUUAUAGGGGACCAAGAACGAGAGGAGAAGAAGAGGAUGCAGAUAAAGGAGAAGAAAAUGCUAGUUAUUACGGGCAUGAGCUAGACGGUGAUUCCGAUGACAGAGAUGGGAUUUACAAAAAUGGUAAAGAUAAAAACAAUGACUCCACUCUAUAUCCCUGGAUGAAAAAUCAAUUUGAUCGAAAAAAGGGACGCCAAACUUAUACCCGCCACCAAACGCUCGAGUUAGAAAAAGAAUUUCAUUACAACCGUUACUUAACGCGUAGGCGCCGGAUAGAAAUCGCCCAUAAUUUGUCGCUCUCCGAGAGACAAAUCAAAAUUUGGUUCCAAAACCGACGAAUGAAAUGGAAGAAAGAAAAGUUCGCCGAACCCCUGGACCCUAUCACAGCUGACAAUAACUCUGCAAAUCUUGAUACGUUUUUAGAGGAAAACUUAUGGGGACGCGAUUGCGAUUCGGAUAAAAAUGCCGUGGGAGAAGACAACAAUAUAAAAAACGAAUAUUCCCAAUCUUCCAACGAUGAAAACAUCGAUUUUAAAAAGAGGGAAAAUGGCCUUGGGGAUCAUUUUACCAAAAAUCACCAAUCCAGUAACGAAGAUUUUAAUCGGUUACGUUUAAAUUUGGGCAAAGAUAUCGAAAUUACAUGAAAACAUUAUAAAUUGUACUUAAUAUAUUUUGUAUUAUCGUAAACAUCAUAAUUCCAUUUUCUAUAUACGUAUAAUCAUGUUUCGCUCUUUUCAACAUAAUUUAUCCAAUAUUUGAUGUACCUUAUCUCAAUAGAGCUUAUUGCCUCUUCUUCUUUCUUUUUUUUUGGUAGCUUCUCUGUGUAUAUACAUAAAUACUUCUGUACUCGACAAAUUAAGGAGAAGAAAAAAAAUUGUUAAACCGCUAUUCUCAUAUAAUAUCUUCUUCCUCUUAAUAUUUUCAACGUUGUUAAUACAGUCAUCUUUUUUUUGAUGCAUAUCUUAUAUAAGGGUAAAUCAGAGCACUCUACUUAUUUAUAUAGCAUUUUACCCUGUAAACUAUCAUUUCAAACCUGUUAAUGAAUCAUUUUAAAUAGUCUUUCAAGCUUGAAAUCAUGAUUUUACCAAGUAAAAUGCUAUAAUAUAAUACUAUAAAAUAUUGCUUAUAAAUUGAGUAGCAGAGUUUAGCUUUGUGUUUGUUGGAUAUUUUUUUAAUAUGAAAAACAAACGAUUCAAUUAGAAAGCGCUAGAAUGAAUACUUUGUUUGUAUUUCCUUAUAAAAUUUAUAUCGCAAUAAUUUUUCAAAAAAAAAAAAUUAUAUUUUUCAAUUUUUUUUUUCCAAUCACCAAACAAAAACAAAUAAA